UCAUAUGACUAACAGGUGAUUUCAGUUUCAUAUUAGUAUUCGAUCUUAAAGGUUUACACGCCCUUUAAGUAUACUUGCUUUCAGUGAAGAAGAAAUAAAAGAUUCCCGGGAUGGAGAUUUUCCAGAAGGGACUUUGAGUCAAAGAAGGCUUUUUAUAUAUGACAGGUGUUGUCAUCUUUAAUGAAGAUCAUUGUGAAAUAGAAGAUUGAAUAAAGCCUUUUAACAUAGGGUCAGGAUUAGACAUUUAGAAAAGAAAGUUAAAAUUAGUUACUUAGGUUUUAGUGUUCCAUUUUCCUAAUAUUAUUCUUUCUCAAAAUAAAUUUAGGGAGUAAAAAUUAAAAUUUAGUGCUAUACUAAACUAUACACUAAUAUUUGUCCUAGUUACUUUUUUUAUUUUUGUAGGAGAGAAGGUAAAUAACCAAAAUCUAUAGUGAUUCAUAAUGAAAUAUAGUAAGUUGAAUUUUAUGAUGUCAGUUCUUGGCAUUAUAAUCUAUAUAACUGAUUUAAUUGUGGACAUCUGGGUAUCUGUCAGGUUUUUCCAUGAAGGACAGUACGUUUUUGGUGUUUUAACAGUAAGCUUUAUGCUCUUUGGAACACUUGUGGUCCAGUGUUUUAGUUAUUCUUGGUUUAAGGCUGAUUUAAAGAAAGCAGGCCAAGAAAGUCAGCAUUGUCUCCUUCUACUUCAUUGCUUGCAAGGAGGAGUUUUUACCAGGUAUUGGUAUGCCUUGAAAAAUGGUUAUCAUGUGGCUUUCAAAUAUAACAGCAAAACUGAUAACUUCAUGGAGAAACAAAUUGAUCCACAUAAAGAAGUUAUAGAUAGAGUGACUGAUUUGAGCAUGCUCAGGCUAUUUGAGACCUACCUGGAAGGCUGCCCACAACUUGUUCUUCAACUCUACAUCCUUCUGGAACAUAGUGAAGCAAAUUUCAGUCAGUAUGCAGCCAUCAUGAUCUCUUGCUCUGCUAUUUCUUGGUCAACUGUUGAUUAUCAAAUAGCUUUAAGAAAAUCCUUGCCUGAUAAAAAAAUCCUUAAUGGACCCUGUCCCAAACUCACAUAUCUCUUUUACAAGUUGUUUACAUUAUUGUCUUGGAUGCUGAGUGUUGUACUUCUUUUAUUCUUAAGUGUUAUUAUUGCUUUAUUUUUGUUGUUAUUUCUUUGGUUUUUAGGUAUACUGUGGGCAUUUAAAGAGCAAACUCGGUUUUGUGCUUCCAUAAGUAUGGAAUUCUUAUACAGAAUUGUUGUUGGAUUCAUUCUUAUCUUUACAUUUUUUAAUAUUAAGGGACAGAAUACCAAAUAUCCAAUGUCUUGUUACUAUAUUGCAAGGGUAUUGGCCACAGUUGGGAUAUUGAUUGUAUUCUGGGUUUGCCCACUCUCUGUUUUUAGUUCAGACUAUUUUAUACCUAUCAGUAUCACUAUAGCUCUUACCCUUCUCCUUGGAAUUAUUUUCCUUAUUGUUUAUUAUGGGACUUUACACCCAAACAGAAGUAAAGAAAUAGUGCCUGAUGAAAUUGAUGGAAAACCAGUUCAAAGCGACUGUAGAAUGAAGUAUUUCCUAAUGCAAUAAGCUGUUCAUUUACAAGUUAUGUUUUCUUAUUUUUUGUUUCAUUGGUUAGUAAAGAAAA